AUGGAGGGAUUACUGCAGAGCACGCGUGCAAGGCCGCACAUCCAUCCACACCUACAACUGCAUACUACACAUACACGCCACACACCCCUCCCCCGCCGGCCCCCACGCCCAAUCUGGAGCGGAGCAGCAGAUUCCCGGGGAGGGGAGCGCAGCCCCAAACGGAAAGCUAGGGCCCGGCGCCCACCCGGCAGCGCCCACAGCCUCCACCGCGAAGCUAGGCGAGCUGGGGCGCAGGGAGCUGGGUCUCCCGCCCACCCCCCACCGGGACAGGAAGAGCCGCGCCCAGCCCGCGAGGCAGCCCAGCGGAGGGCGCGGCGGGGAAGCAAGGGGCCCGCGCCGCCCCCGCCCCCGCCCAUCGUCUUCCAGCACCGCCCCCGCUGCGGCGGGCGAGGGGCGGGGCGGGGCGCGGCGUAUAUAAGACGAGGGGCGGGCGCCCUUCUUUUGUCUCUUGCUGCAGCAACGCGAGUGGGAGCACCAGGCGCCGGCUCGGAGCGGAACUCCACGGAUCGCUUUAAGAAAAUGGCAGACAAGCCGGACAUGGGGGAAAUCGCCAGCUUCGAUAAGGCCAAGCUGAAGAAAACGGAGACGCAGGAGAAGAACACCCUGCCGACCAAAGAGAGUGAGUGCACCCCCGCCUCCGGGUCCGCGUGCCCCGAGCCCCCCCCCCCUCCCCAGGUCCACCUGCCAGUCUCCACGAGCAGAGUCCAUUCCGGGAGAGUCAGGCCCCGCAAACAGCCUUCUCGUGAGGCCUUGGGCUGGGAGCUGGCAGGAGUGAGCAGUGGGAGGAAUUCAGGGUCGCAGGUGCCAUGA